UAUGUUUCAGGCAUUAAGCUGACAAAUAUUUAACAAAGAAAAGGUUUUUGAAAAUGAAUGCAUGAAAUGAUGCACUUACACAUUACACCUGUGUGUGUUCAUAGGAUGAAGGAGGAACACUUGUUACUGUGGAAGGUAAGUUGUUCAGAAUAGAUCAAAGAGCCUUAUGUUAGAUUCUCGCAGGUUGAAUACAACAUGUACCUGAUAUUUCUUUUCUUAAACUUGUUUAGCAGAUGUAGUGGAUGGCACUUCUUGUUGUGGGUUCAUCACAAAGAAGUAGCACAUGUAUUUACUCCUACAGGUGCUCUACUUCUACGUCUUUGCCUGAUCAUUAAUAAUAUAAUCUCAUUGCCUCAUCAAAGUAAAGACCUGUAAUUGGGGUUGUGCAUGCAAUAAAAAGUAUUUAGAUCAAUGCAACUUUCUCCCAAACAUUGACUUUCUAGAGUGUCCUAACAUGAAAGCAAGCGUUCAUGUGUUGCACUUCCUUUUUAGAGGACCUCACAUCAGCUCGUACCUCUGAGAGCUGAGAGUUUGAGGUUUAGAUCGCCACAGUGCAAAGGUAUCAGUGUGUUCUCCUCCUUUAUAGUACAUUAUACUGUACCCUCCAGCAGCAGUUGCACCAGUAAUGGGUAGAUGGAAAAUGUGGUUUGUUCUGCUCCUGAAGCUAACUUUGUAUGUCUUCAACACCAAAGAGACUGGGAAGCAACUGCAGAAAACCAUCGGUAGCAAACCAGAUGUUACUCUGAUAUGCAUCAAUACAACACUGAGUCCCAUCAUAUUUCUAGUGUGUAAGAUCAGAACAGAGACGAGCGGUGGAGAAGAGUGUCGUCUGCUGUAUCGAAAUGGACAGGACUUUGAGAACAAAUGUGACUCCAGAUUCACUCUCAUGACGGAGGAUCAGACUGUAUUUCUCCACCUGACUGGUUUAACACCAGUGGAUAGUGGGAACCACACCUGUGAGUGUUCACAUCGUGGUGGAACAGACAUUCUCCAUCUUAAUAUCACUGUAGAAGCGGAUGAAGAUGCCAGCAGUUCUACAGAAAUGCCUUUCCACAAUGCUGUAAUUAUUGGUGUAAUUAUAUUCAUCAUCAUAACUGGAGUUAUCCUCGGAUGUAUCCACAGAAGAAAUCACCACAGAAGACGAUCAGAAGCGCUGACAAGUCACGCAAACACGGAGCCAGAAGACAUUGAGCCGUACAGCACCUACAUACAGAAAGAGAACGAGCUUUACUCAACUGUAAUAUAAUUGAAUGUGUUUACCUGAUACAAAUUGAAAGAUGCUUUUGAAGAGUUUUAAUUACAUAAUAUCUAAUCCGAUGUGAUGCAUGUAACGACUGAAUUGCUGUAAAGCAGGAUCUGCUGUCCAGGGCACUUGCUUACUUUUUUGCAUUUCAUUCUAAAACUGAUCAAGCUCCCCUGUUUUCUAUUAAUCUUAUUGUAAGUUUAAUGUUUUAAAAGGAGCACAUUGGGUGCAUUAUACUAUUUAAUUUUAUUACUGUAAAGUAUCCAAUAAAUUUGUUUUUAAAAUAAAGUUGCAACUUGUUUUGGUAUUCUGUUAGUCAAAGCCAUAACAAUGAAAUAUUUCAAUAUAAGUUUUAUUUAAGGGAGCAAUACGUAAUACUGACAGGUAGAGUUUAAAAUGGUGUACUGUAGUCUAAAUUCAGAAUAAUGGAGACAGCUGCUCCCCCGGCCCCUUGUACCCCAGACUCAACGCUCAUGCGGGUUGCCAGGUUGAGAACACUAAACCCAACAUCCCAUGAUGUCAGUGUACAUACGGUAUAUAUAGUUGAUGAUAGCCAAAGCUAGCUCGAUACAAAAGCCCCCUGGUCUUAAAAUACACACUUUGCAGUUGGGGUUCAGUGAGUGCUGGCCUUACUACUUUGCGUACCCCAUAAACAGUAAAAACUAAAUAAACAUAUACCAUUUCUUCCAUAGAGAUAAUAAUGUUGUCUAAGUUUAUCUUGCCAAUCCCUACUAUUAGCCGUGAUAAAUUAGUGAAGCUCAGUGCUUACAAUUUCAGGAGGAUAUUUUUAGCAUCCG